GCAAAGGGAUCAGGCGGUAGAAAUGGAGAGCAAAAGGACUGGGAGGAUGAGAGAAAAUGUAGAAGAGACAUGGCAUGGAAGAGUGACAAAAUAAGGAGAUAUCAGCUCACCUUAAGGAGUCCUCUGGAGAAUAAGGUCCGGGUCGAGAAGCCGAGCUAACUGUCUGGAUUUUCAUCUCAUCUUGCUUUCUUGUUCCCUCGUUUUUAUUACCACACACACACGCACGCAACGUGUCUGCUGUACUGUGUCUGCAGAUAGAAGUCUGUGGCUAACAACACCCUCUGACAGGAGAAAAGGUAGCUCAGUAUGAGUCGAGAUGCAUGGUCAAAGAAGAAAGCCAAUGCCAGUGGUGACAAUGGUUGGGAAGAAAGAGGCGGCUACAUGGCUGCAAAGAUCUCCAAGCUGGACGAGCAGUUUAAACUCAAUGCUCCGAGAGAGAAACAGAAGGAUGGCACAUGCUCCAGCAUUUUCAGUGGAGUGGCAAUCUAUGUCAAUGGAUACACAGAGCCAAGUGCAGAUGAGCUGCGCAGACUGAUGAUGCUGCACGGUGGCCAGUUCCACGUCUACUACUCUCGCUCUAAGACUACACACAUCAUCGCCACUAAUUUGCCCAACAACAAAAUUCAGGAGCUCAAAGGGGAAAAAGUCAUCAGGCCAGAAUGGAUCACUGACAGCAUCAAGGCUGGGCAUCUCCUUCCUUACCUACAGUACCAGCUGUAUAGUAAACAGAAGGGCCCACUCUUCCCUGGCAUGAAACUGCGUCAGACCUUUGAGAUUGCAGGACCCAGCCAUGGGCUGCUUCAGCCCAGCGUCCAUCAAAAGCUUCAUCUGCCGCAGCGCAGCAUACAGCAUUCUACUCUCAACCAGGAGCAGUCUUCAUCCAGCUGUCAGAAUAACUCCAUCCACAAUCAGCUUUACCAAGGCAACUCCCACCUUCAGUCCAUCCAGCAAAGCCCUGUAGCCCGCUUCAUAAACCCACCUCCAAGUCAGUUAACAUCAACUCACCCAAGCCCUGAACAGAACCACCUCAGUAGCUCUUUAAACACCCACCUUCUGUCUAACCCAAGCUCCAUGAAGCCCCCACAGACAAGUAUCAUCACACAUCAUCCUAGUCUCCAGCACCAGACAGCAGGCCAACCGCAACCUCAGAUCACCUCUUCCUGCAACACCCGUCAGAGUGGCUGCAGGGAAGUGCAAUUAAUAUUAAACGGGUUAUUUCAGACCUCGCGGGACGAGAUGAGCCAUUCAAAAAAGGACGAAACGCAAGAGUGCAGCAAAGAAGCACCCCUGACCAAUGGACACACUCAUCUUGUUAAUGGUGCCUUAAAGCCAGAUGACUUGUCCCCUGUUGCAGAUCAACCCUCCGUUGACAAGGACCUGGCUGAAUGCAGAGUUAAGAGUCCAGAAGAUCAACCUACAAAUCCUCCAGUAAAUUUCCAGACCAAACCUGAUCCGUAUGAGUUUCCCCACAGUCCUCCAAAGCAGUCCGAUCAGUCUGUUGUCCAUCCCGAACAAUCCAGCUUAGGAGAAGCCAGUGAGCAGAGACUUAAACCGCCGCCACCCACCUACGAGGAGGCUAUAAAAGCCACAGAAAGCCACCCACUCCCACAACAGCUCCAACCACCCUGUCAGGUUGAUUCAAAUCCCGGAAAUCCUCCUCAUUCCCCUGCAUCCAGGCCUCUCUCACGUUCUCCAGUUCGACUGAACGGAAGUCACCACAAUGCCUUUUCAUCUCACCCUGCCUCAUUAAACACAAACAAGUUAUCAGUAAAACCUGAUCCUCCCACUGACAAUACAUCAUCAGCAUCCGAGUCUUCAACACAGCUGUUGGCACAGACUGGCGGUUUGCUCUCAGAGUUCUACUCUCAUUCACGUUUACACCAGAUCUCUACAUGGAGGACCGGCUUCUCUGAAUACGUCAAUGAACUCCAUAGCAAAAGGAAAGCAGCAGGUGUUGCCUCUUUUUCAGGCAAAGAACGGCUGAGAAAAUCUGUGGCACAGCGCUCCACUGACAGUCAAGGUACAUCGCUGCCAGCCAGUGUUAAAUCUUGUAUUCUCCAUGUGGACAUGGACUGUUUCUUUGUAUCUGUCGGGAUCCGACAUCGACCAGAUCUCAAAGGGAAGCCAGUAGCCGUGACCAGUAACCGCGGGCAGGGUCGAGUACCCCUAAGACCGGGGGCCAACCCUCAGCUGGAGCAGCAGUACUACCAGAGGAAACACACUCAUGCUCAACCUGGGAAAGAGGAUGAGGAUUUUCACAGGACUCCUUCACAAGAGAGUCCUGACUCCCACGCAAAUGGAGUCGACCAGGAUGCUGCUGCACUUUCAAUGGCAGAGAUUGCAUCCUGCAGUUAUGAAGCGAGGCAGGCGGGUGUGAGAAAUGGGAUGUUUUUUGGCAAAGCGAAACAGUUGUGUCCCUCACUGCAGUCUGUCCCAUAUGAUUUUGAAGCAUAUAAAGAGGUUGCUCUCACCAUGUAUGAGAUUCUGGCUGGUUAUACCCAUGACAUUGAGGCCCUGAGCUGUGAUGAAGUGCUGAUUGAUGGUUCUGCUUUGAUAGCUGAGCUGGGCAUCAACCCAGAAGAUCUGGCCAAAGCCAUAAGAGCAGAUAUCAAGGAGAAGACGGGAUGCUGUGCUUCAGUGGGCAUGGGGUCCAACAUCCUGUUGGCUCGGCUUGCAACCCGUAAGGCCAAGCCAGACGGGCAGUACUUCUUAAAGUCUGAGGAGGUGGAUGAUUUUAUCAGGGACCUGUCAGUGACCAGCUUACCAGGUGUUGGGCCUGUUAUGGGCAGAAAGCUGGCUGCUAUUGGUGUGAGGUCAUGUGGGGACCUCCAACAGGUUUCUCUUUCUCAGCUGCAGAAGAAGUUUGGACCCCGCACCGGACAAACCCUGUUUCGUUUCUGCAGGGGUCUAGAUGACCGUCCUGUGCGCUACGAGAAGGAAAGGAAGUCUGUCUCCGCUGAGAUGAACUACAAUAUACGCUUUACUAAGGUGGAUGAGGCAGAGUGUUUCUUGACUAACUUGUCCAUGGAAGUGCAGCGACGUUUACAGGAAGCUGGGCUGCGAGGUCGCAGAGUGACUCUAAAGAUCAUGGUUCGUAAGAUGGGAGCACCACUGGAGCCAGCUAAAUACGGAGGUCAUGGCAUAUGUGAUAACCUGGCCAGGACCGUAAUGCUUGCUCAAUGCACUGACAGUGGUCAGCUGAUUGCCGCUGCAGUCAUCAAGCUGUUCCAUGCCAUGAAGCUGCAGGUUCAGGACCUGAGAGGAGUCGGCAUCCAGGUUCAGCUUCUUGAGGGGAAUCACUCUGUGCCCCACGACUCCGCCGUCCUCCGGACACGCUCCAUCAAAGACAUGUUGCUUGUCCAGGGUUCCAGUAACAGAGGUGUGUGUAAGGUCUUUAUAUUUCAGUUUAUAUCUUUGCUGUUGUCUGUAAACUCAAAUGAGUCUAAUUUAAAUGUUACAGAUGCUGCCAACAAAAGCACACAUCAGGAAAAGUGUUCCUCUGUCACGGUCCCGUCGCCUGGCACCUUUCAACGUCCUCAGUCCCCCGCUGAGCCAGUCCCAGGAACAAGCAAAGAACAGCACGCAAGCAGGCAGACUCCCAAACAUUCUCGAACACGUCUCAAUUUCAGUAUUGAAAUCCCCUCCCCUUCACAGGUGGAUCGUUCUGUGUUGGAGGCCCUGCCUGCAGAGCUGAGGGAACAAGUAGAGCAGUCGUGGACUCACCGAGAAGGCAGGCCAAAUAACCGCCAUACAUCCAGUCCACAGCCUUCCUCUCCUAGGUCCCGUCCAACCUCCCCUCUGCGUCCUCCUCCUGCGUUGUUACUGCAGAUUCCCAAUGAGCCUGACAGUCCAGGAAUUGUUCUGGAGCUCCCUAAUUUCUCACAGGUUGAUCCAGACGUUUUUGCUGCCCUUCCCAAAGAGCUCCAGGAAGAACUGAAGUCCGCCUACAGCCGUAUAACAAAUGUCCAGCCUCAGACAAAUAUUUUGGAGCAGAAGAAUCCACUGUUGCAGUUAAAACAGUCAGUAGGAAUUGGCAACGGACGGGUGAAGCGGCGUUACAAGAGGAAGAAUGCAGUGAGCCCUGUAAAAAAAGGUCCUUCCCCUACUAAGAGGCGUCACACAACAAACAGCCCAGCCAAAAGCCUACCAUCUCCUUUAAAAUCAAGGGAAUCAAUAAACACAGUAAAGACUGAAAACAGUCCGUCCACAUCGUCCGUUAAGCAGAACAUCCCAGAGUCUCUGUCUAAAUUCAUUCCUCGUCCCGCUCCAGCACUGGCUGGAGCCUAUGACCUCACAGAUAUUAAAACACUCUUACGGGAAUGGGUCACCACCAUGACAGACCCCAUGGAAGAGGACAUCCUGCAGGUGGUGAAAUAUUGCACUGAUCUGAUUGAGGAUAAAGAUCUGGAGAAGUUGGAUUUGAUUAUAAAAUAUAUGAAAAGGCUUAUGCAGCAGUCGGUGGAGUCUGUUUGGAGUAUGGCUUUUGACUUCAUCCUAGACAAUGUGCAGGUGGUUGUGCAGCAGGCUUACGGUAGCACCUUGAAGAUAGCAUGAAGAAGGAGGGCUCCGUUUCUCACCUUUUUUUUUUAACCUUUUUAAAACAAUUAGUUUCGUUUUGCUACUUUCAUUAAGUCAUCAGCUAUGGAAAUUAUAACAUCUAAACUAUCAUUACUGACAUAUUUGUGGAUAGAGUUUCUCAGAGAUUACAGCUGACCCUCCUAUCUCAACUGUGACACUAAUGAAUAUCUAGAAAUCUAGUUACAAGAGCCAUGACAGUAUUUGAUCAAAGUUUGUACAGUACAUCAUUUUCUGUACUCACUCUACAAGACAAGAGUUUUGCAAACAGAAGGGCAGGAAAUGCAUUUAGGAUAUACUAACCAAAACCCGGUACAGUGAUAAUCGUAGCAGCUUUUUGCUUUUUGUUUAUGCACAGAUUCAAAUUGUAUGUAAAGAUUUUUUCCAGGCAGUGCUCAACUGUUUCUUAUACACUCAGCCUAAGCCGGGGCUUGUCACAUUUUUAAUUUCCUUUCUCUUGGCAAGUAUGCCGUAACCUAGAUACCAUCUGAGAUAGCAGUUGACUUACCAUAUGUUUGUAUGUUGUUACAAAAGCACAUUAUGGGCUUCUUUUUUAUUCAUCUGUCAGAUUACAUCAGCCCAGGUUGAAAAUAAUGACACUGUUAAAGUUGAAUACAAUCAUCAUACAAGAGAGAGAUGAUAAACCCAGAAAUAGAAGGAAUACAAUUUUCGUAUAUUACUUAGUAAUUUUAAGUUUAAGUUUUUCUUUGGCGCUUAAUGCCACUCGUACUGACCUGUGAAAUAUCGACAACUGCUAUGUCACAUUAUAGUCUGCUGCAUACAGUUGAAUCUUUUUCUUGUCUCUUGCAAAAAAAAGUGCCAAACCUUGUCAUUAUAGUGUGUAAAUAAUGUUUUUAAAGAUACUUGUUAAAAAGUUUUAAAAGAAAAGAUGUAUGUAAAGGGUUUACCUCCUGUGUUGUUUACAUGUAGUGAAUUCUUAGUAACUGUCUUUAAAUUGUAUACCUUCUCGCUCUUUAAUUGUUUCUCAUUGUUCCAACAUGGAAAUCAGAAGCUGGCCAAAGCACUUCACGUGAGGUUAACUGUUGAUUCUCAGUAGCACUCUGAUUUUGAGAGAAUGUUGACAGGGGUUAUGGCAAUCAAUAAGUAGCCUAUGCAUUUUUCUUUUUCGCUAACAAGUGAGAUGUUCCUUAAAGAUAAUGUAACAUUUCAUACAGCCUUUGUAUAUUGAAGGAAUCCUGGUAUUCUAGUGUGUUUCCAACCUAGUUACCUGUUUCAUAAAUCUUAUUGUUGAAAUAAUGCUGGAUUUGAAUAGGAACAGGUGAUCUGAUUUUUAACUUUGUAACCCAUGUUGUGUACUUGUGUACAUUUUGUAGCUAUGGCUUAUUGAUACAUUAUUGUAUUUCUGUGAAGUUGGCAUCCAUGAAUGGUGUUAAGAAAAGUACUCAGCAGAUGCAGCUGGAUGACUGGAUCUCACCAUGCAACACAUGUUGUGUGCAUGGUUGAAAAGUUUGUUCGAAACGGUAUCCCUAUAUGCAAACCAAAUCAAUAUGUCAUUUUCUAAGCUGUUGAAAUGAAUGUAAUUCAGAAUGUGCAAGUCUCCACUCACUCUCAAGAGGUUGCUUCUCUUCACCUGUCAUAUCUUUCCUAAAGUGAAUGACCACAAGUUAAAAUUGGCCAGUCUUGUCUUCUAUAAACUGGCUUGUGCCUGAAGACCUGAAGCUGUGAACUUGUUUGUAAGUUUUCUAAAUCUUGAUAAUAAACUGUAAACUCUGUAUGAA